UGUCGUUGUCUAAAUGUCAAUGUGUUUGCGAAAAUCCGAGUAAACAAAUUUUUCCAAGGAAAUAAGUUUCAUUUGAAGAAAUAUAAAUAAUAUACAAUGGCUGAUUCAACAGUAACUGAUGUAAGCAAGAUGAAAGUGGUUGAAUUAAGAAAAGAGUUGAAAUCACGUGGACUGUCUUAUGUCGGCGACAAAGCGGAGCUUGUGGCUAGGUUGCAAGCCGCUAUAGCGCAAGACGACCACGGAGAUAUCAACUUAGAUUCAGAUGAAAUAGAUUCUGACGGAGUUCUAGAAGAUGAAGACGAUAAAAGCCACACAGACAUAUUAGACGAUUCCGCCGUAGAUACACUAAACGAGGAAUUGGCACUUGAAGAACAUCCCGAUAAACCUACAAUUGAAUCAAAACCCCAGAGAACAUUAAAAAGAAAAAUAAAUGCCCCAUCCGCAGAACCGGCCAAAGAAAAAUCACAAGAUACAAAAGAAUCUGGUACAAAAAAAAUUGUACUGAAUAGAGCCAUAUCCUUUACACCUAAACAAACUGAGGAAAAUGUAGAGACAAAAUCCGAAGAACCUCCGCCAUCCAACGUUAGCAAAGUCAAACUAGUUACAGACAUAGAUCCCAAGACUAGGUUGGAGAUGAGAGCCAGACGAUUUGGCUUGCCUGUAAAAGUGACAGAGGCAGAGAGGAAAGAAGCUAGAAAGCAACGGUUCCAGAGUUCAGAGCAAAAUACCAUCAGCUCUGCAACUCCUGGCUCGUUACAAGAUAAUCUGGAGAAACUUAAGCAGAGAGCUGAACGAUUUGGACAGUCUGUAUCCUCAAUAAUGGCAGACAUUGAAAAUAAAGAGAGGUUAGAAAAACGUAAGGCAAAGUUUAAUGCUGCAAAAUGAGUUGACAUAAAUUUUAAGUUACUUUCAUUAUUAAUUUACAGUUAAGGACAUUACUAAUUUUAGUAAUAAAAUAGUAUUCAAUAAGUCAUUUAAUAAAGUGGUAAUAAAUCAA